AUGUUUUCGUUCUGUGAAGGUAGGAAUUAUAAUGCGAACUACACACUAUGUGAAAAAGUUCCUGUAGAAAUGUUGCGAAUUGCGUUCGGACAAGCGUUCAACAGCCGUUAUAUGUCAGUAGGUACUAAACGAUGGAAGGACCUAGGCCCGGAUUUUUUCCCGCGUUUUCUUCUUUCUAUGGACUGUUCAAAUCAGAAGUGUUGGUACGACUCAUACGAGUGCACACCUAAAUCGUUCACUGUGAAAGUGUUACGUAAAGUGCGGGACUAUUGCUUACCGAAAAAGGGUACCAACGUAAAUCUCGUUAGAUUAAACUCUAAUAAAAACUUCGAAACGUUGAGCGAACUGUGGGUCUGGGAAGAAAGAGCUGUGGCUUUCUGCUGUGAGUGUGGCGCCGUCAAGAGUUGAAACACAAGUAGCCCAAUAGCGAUUACGUUUUGAAUACUUUAAUGUAGAAACUUUAUGUGUACAUAUUGAGGUUUAUUUAUGCGCGUGGAACAAAACAUUUUGUAAUUAGCCUAAAUAAAUGAAGUAAAUUUGA